AUGGAUAGAAACCAAGCUGACGGAGAUUUAAAUGAACAGGGCGAGAAUGAGGGCGAAUAUGAGCAAAGAGGACGUUCACAAACACCAAGAGCUAGAACUCUAUCGCCUGUCUCAGUCGCCACAGACAUUCCAUCUAAUGGGACGUUUACACCAGAUUCAACAUCAGUACCAACACCUCCUCUCGAAGCACUCAAUCUCAACCCCAACCUUGAACCAAACCUAACUCUAGCUCAUAUCACUUCUCUCCCGCAAACCACUAUCCUCGACUAUAUAUCUGCAUACCGUCUUGCGCGACAACGCUCACUCGAAAAAUACGUUCAUCCACUACUUGAUCCUUCCCAAACAGUUGCGCCGGAAUUUCCAAACCAUAUUUUGAACGACGCGGACGAUAACUCAGAUCUCAAUUCCUCAUCGACAUCCACACCAUGGUCGAUGCCGGCACUAGUAACAGGUCCCGAACAAAGCCGUCUUCAACGAAGCCACUCUCAAAACUUCCCAGGACAAUCCAUCAGUCCCCAUUGGCGACACCACCCAGCAGCUCUAAGCCCAAGCCCAACAACAUGGCGACCAGGAUCAGGAUUACCUUUUCCACCACCAUACGAAACUCGGGUAAACGGCGAUGAUAGGCCUAUCACUCUAACAGAAGGUCAAGAUAAUGUGGCUAGAAAUAGAAGAGACCGGGAAAUCUCACCCCGAGCUCACAGAAUCGACCCAUCGUCUAUCGUCGAGCUCGAGAACGAAGAACCGAUUGAUGUAGAUUCAGAAAGCGUUCUCCAGGUUCGGAUUCAAGUCCAAAGUCAGCGACUUCGUCAAGCUAGUCCUGUAUCGCGUGAUAGAAUACGUGGUGUUCUGACGCGUUUGGUGAUUCGGAGACUUGAGGAUCAGGCGCGGGAAGAAGGGAGAAAUUUCAAUACAGAGAAUCACAUUGAAGCUGGCAAUGUCUGGACAUCUCAGACCGCUGAUUCGAGACCCAGAGAUCUAAGUUCUGCAAAUACCGUUUCAAGACCACCAGUUCUUACAUUUAAUCAAGACGGUACUAUUUCGCUGCCUCAAGACCGGGUACUUCUCAAUCCUUUGAACAAUACAGAUUCGUCAGUUCAUGAGCGCAUUGAUGCAGACACUGGAGCUAGAAGAGAACGAAGAGAAUUAGCUUCUGCAUCUCCAGAAGUGACAUCCGUGGUUGAAGCACAAGAUAUUUAUCCUUCUGUUGAGGGUCUACUUAUUGAUUUAGAGUCACAAGUUCGUGGGAUGCGAAAUCAAAUUUUGGGCACUGAUUUGACGAGACCCGAGAUCCUGUCGGGUGGAGGAGUCAAUUUCGGAAUGGAACAGUCUGGGGUAGAAAUCGAUCUCGACACGAUUUUGACAAGACCACCAUCACAACCAAGCUAUGUCGAAGAUGUUGAGGAUGCCGAACCAUCAAUGGCCGAACAACUCGCCGCAUAUCAAAUCUCACGAAAUCAUCCCAAUCCCGAGUCAUCCAAUACAAAUCGUAAUACCCCACGAGCCAUCUCACCGCACGAUAAUAGCGAACUCCCAGAUCUCUCUCAAAUCCUAACCGGAUACCAAGACGAUCUCUCACGCAUCACUACGCGGAUCCAACUCGCUAGACGUAGAGCCGAGCUGCAACUUGCCGAAAGGAGGAUCCGUGCUGCGCUUCCGAUAGAAAGUAGAGAUAUAUCACCAUACAAUCUAGAAAAUCCACAUACGCUCACGCGCGCACCGCGUUUACGACCUAGUACCAGUUUUGAGGAUCUGCGUUUGGAGCGACAACUCGCUGCGCUUUCUCCUGCGUCUGCACGAAAUACUAUUCCCGCUCAUCGACGCACUCUCUUCUCCCGUGCGCAGAGAGAAUCAAAUACUGCGACUGUCCGCCGAGCAGAAAUGCUUCAAAGACCUGCUAUCACUGCCUUCGAUCAUCUAGGCAAAUGGCAGCUAUAUCUCGAAAACGCAGCUACGAGAAUUGAUUCCCAUGUUCCAGAAGAAUGGUGUUCUCGGAUUGGAAAAUAUACAUUAAUCCCCUCUUCUUCUAGCACCAAUUCCAUCGAAGAUGUAAGUGGCAUGUCCCGAUCCGAUGAGGAGAUCCUCGCUGCGUAUUCUGCGAAUACAUCGUAUGGUUUCCGGGAGAUUAUGAGAAUGGUGAGAGAGGAUGGAUUGGGUGCGAGAGAGGCAUGGCAUUAUGUAUUAUUGUGGAGAGAUUACUUGUCCGAGUCGCCGAUUGAUGAGUAUCAUGAGAUGCUGGGGUGCUGUCCGAUGGAUGUUUUCAUGCAUGUGGUGAUUCAGGGAUUGAAUCGGGGGUUUGGGGAUUGGAAAAUGAGCGAGAAGUGUAAGAGAGAGUGUAAUAGGUAUCUGCUUACCAGAACGAGUUAUUAUCCUUUUCCGUCUGCUGAAACGAUUGAUGUGGCUAGAACUUUCGGAGAUGUAACGCCGGAGUCACUUCGAGAAUAUUUCGAUUCGGAUAUCAGUUUUCUGGAUGAAGAAUGGGAUAUGCUAGCCACGUUAAAAAAUGAAGGAUAUGCUACAGCACGUAUUCUUCACCUAGCGAAGAAUAUUGCUAGAGGAAUCGCCAAGCUGGAAACCAUCGAUCUCAAACCACCAUAUGAUGAGUCGAAUAAUGCUCAACGCAAGGAUAUGUUCCAUAGAUUGAAGUUGGAAGAAAUAGCACUUGCAGGUCAGUGUGGGAUGCUGAGUGCACGGGAGCAUCAGGCACUCUCGGCGGAUGAAUCGAGUGCUGAACAUGUGCUUGUGGAGUAUAUGUUGAAAUGGGAGUUGGUGCCCGACGAACGAGAUCGGAUGUUUCAAGCGUUUGAUGGAGGGGCUCCGUUAGAGAGUCUUAUGAGUUCGAGACGGAGAUGA